AUGCAACCAGCAAGAAUCGAACUCAAGAGCUCAACGCAAGCCUGGGGAAGCGAGGCUGAAAAGUCUUUCAUUUCGGACAUUCUCCGGGAUCUUGUGGCUAUUCCCGUCGCAGCCCCAGCAACCAAGGAAGGUGUUGAAGCUUUAGCCAAUGCUAUUGCAAUGGCGUUCUUGGACACGUGGCUUGCCUACUCGACCGAGUCCAAACCUACUAAGCGCUCCAAGUUCUGGUGGAUGGAUGAGUGCUUGGAGACCUUCGGAGUGUAUCAGUUGAGUUGUUUGCUCACUGAUUACAACAAGUUCAAGAAGGCGUGCAAGAACGCCAAGCGUGAUUUCUUCGAUGAACGUAUCGCAGAGAUUGCUACUUCUCACAAGCGCCUGUGGGACCUAAUGGAAUGGGUCAAACAGGGCAAACUACCACCCUGUGAGGCUAUUCGUGAUGGUGACCAGCCUUGCCAUGAUAUGGACGACCUUUGGGACGCCCUACACAGCACAUACAACUUGGCCUCGGGUCGCGAGUAUGACGCUUCUGUUUUAGAUGAGCUUCCUGACGAGCCAGUCCACGAGUGGGCUGACUUCUCGGACCAUGAGUUGUUGAGUGCCCUUAAGGGGUGCUCUAACUCCUCUGCACCAGGACUGGACCAUGUUACAUGGGUCCACCUAAAGGAGUUGCUCGAGGAUAGACAUGUCCUUGUGCUCUUCAUCGUGUUGGCCAACGCUUGCCUUCGGGUGGGUCAUUGGCUGUGUAUAUUCAAGGAGUUGCUGUUGGUUAUCGUCCCGAAACCAAACAAGCCCUCCUAUGCAGUCCCAAAGGCUUUUAGGCCGAUCAUACUCCUCAUCACUUUCGGUAAACUUAUCGAAAAGAUGAUUGCCAAUAGGAUACAGUUUGACGCUGUCAAGCAUGAUAUCUUCCAUCCUAACCAACUUGGCGGUAUCCGCCAGAGGUCCACUGAGGACGCUGGAUUGAUUCUUACCCAUCUUGUGCGAGUGGGGUGGGUUAAGGGUCUCCAGACUAGCGCGCUGGCUUUUGACAUUGCGCAGUUCUUCCCUUCUAUCAACCAUGAAAUGUUCAUGGCUGUCCUGCACAAGCAAGGGUUGUCCCUGUGGUGCUUGAUGGCAGGCCGCUCGCUAUCUACAAACACGCACGCUACACAGCCUGGGUACUAA